AUGGAAGAAGUGAACUUUGACGAAGGGAAGCUGGACUUCGACGGUCUGGAUCCUCACUUAGGCCAGCGCCUGUUGGACAUGCACUGGAAACGUCAACACCAUACAUACCUCGUCGUCUACAGACCAGCUUUUACGCGAGACAUGGCCUGCGCGGGACCAUACUUCUCCAAAACUCUGCUGAACGCAAUCUAUUUCGGCGCAGCAAGUCUCGCAGGGGAGUUUCGCAAGGACCCUUACGAUCCGCAGACAGCUGGAUGGCACUUCCGGGAGCGAGUCCGUGUACUAGUCAGAGACGCCAUGGAGAAGAGCGACAUCACCACCAUCCAGGCUCUCCUACUGAUGACCGACUCUAUGUUUGCCAUGGGUGAUAGACAAAGCAUCGACACGGCUUGGCUGUACGCUGGCUAUGCAGUCUGCAUGAUCAAGAAGCUUGGGUUGCAUAUCGACGUUACAAAGAGGCCGAACGUCAUGAAUCUGAAAGAGGAGGACUUGGAAAUACGUCGCCGGGUAUUUUGGAGUGCAUUUGUGAUCGACAAAUUGCACUCGAUGUAUCAAGGUCAGGCGCCCCUGUUGCCACACUCUCAGUGCGAUGUUCCCAUUCUCUUCCAGGAUGACUACGAAGAGCUGGAGCGAUGGAUACCUAUGACUCACGAAAUCAGUCGCUGUCCAGGCUACCGUACUCGCAGUGUGUCGACUUUCACGCAUCUAUGCAAGCUUGCAGUCAUUAUGAACGAGAUCCUCGAGCGGUUCUACGACCCGAAGGGCGCAGAGCACGAGGCGGAAGCUUCUGAUCGAGCAGUGACCUCGAUCGACAAGCAGCUGACCGACUGGGCCCGUCAGCUUCCAAAGCAUCUUAAAGGGCGUGAACCAGAUUGGAUACUGCCUUCGCAUGUCAUGUCUCUCGGGUAA